AUGACGAGGAAUCGCAACGAAAUGCGCAUUUUGAUUCAUGGAGGAAGCCUUCUUUCAGCACUGUUAGCUGCUUUGAUAUGUACGAUAGUCGAGGGACUUGAGAUAGGACAAGAAUAUGCACUAAUGCGGUUGUUCUACUUCACAACCAUUUUGUGGGUUCCAUGCAUUGAUAUAGUAACAACUUUCUGGAUUACAGCGUCCUUGCGAAAUGUUGUCAACCCAUUCAAAAAAGCAACGGAGACAUUAUUCAUACAUUCGACAUUUUAA